AUGGGGAAGAUCACGGUUCGUGAGGGCCAGCUGCAACGUCACAACCCGUUACACGCAGAUAUCUCUUCUGCCGGGGGUACUUUCCGCGACCAGGCAGCGCAAAAGAAGAACAAGCACCGCCAGCAACAACAGGAUGACUUCCUCGACGCCAAAACCCUGGCGAAGAUUCUCGACUUAGCCAAGCAGCAACAGGACGAAAUCGAAGAAGAAGAAAACGGCAAGCCGUUGACGUUCUCGGAAAAGUUCAACCCGGAAGUUGAAGAGAGCGAGGAAGAAGAUGAAGAAGAGUACUCUGAGUUUGAAGUGGAUGAAGAAGUAGAGGUCGAUGAGGCCGAUACUGCGAUGUUUGACAAAUACUUCGGUAACCAAAACGGCCUGAUUAACCUUGCCGAUAAGAUUUUGGCCAAGAUUGCGGAGACUGAGGCGGCGAAGAAGGCUGAGACUGAAGGGGUGCCUCGUCAAGACGGGGUGAGAUUACCGCCUAAGGUGAUUGCCGCCUACGAAAAGAUCGGGCUCAUAUUGCUGCUGUACUCGCACGGUAAGCUCCCUAAGCUUUUCAAAGUGAUGCCGUCGUUGCGCAACUGGGAGGACGUGUUGUACGUGACUAAUCCUGACAACUGGACCGUCCACGCCGUCUACGAGGCGACGAAGCUCUUUGUGUCCAAUUUGCUGGCAAACGAAGCUCAGAAGUUUGUUGAACAAGUGUUGCUCCACCGGUUCCGGCGCGAGAUCGAGGAGCUGGACGACCACUCGCUUAACUACCACAUCUACCGUGCCCUCAAAAAGCUGUUGUAUAAGCCGGCUGCAUUCUUUAAAGGGUUCCUUCUUCCGUUAGUUGACGGCUACGCCACCACCAGAGAAGCCACCAUCGCCGCCUCGGUGUUGUCUAAGGUGUCGGUGCCCGUGCUCCACUCGUCGGUGGCGUUGGCUCAGCUUACCAAGAGACCUUUCCGCCCCGCCACCACCGUAUUCAUCCGUGUGCUCAUCGAGAAGAAGUACGCUUUGCCCUACCAGACUGUCGAUGAGUUGGUGUUUUACUUCAUGAGAUUCCGUAAUGCUGCUCAGAGCCAAGAAAUGCAAAUUGACGGUGUGCAAUCACAGCAGUCUGAAGAGAUAGAGUUGCCGGUGGUGUGGCACAAGGCCUUCUUGGCGUUUGCCCAACGGUACAAGAACGAUAUCACCGACGACCAGCGCGAUUUCUUAUUGGAAACUGUCCGUCAACGGUUCCACCCCGGGAUGGGUCCAGAAAUCCGUCGUGAGUUAUUGGCGGGGAAGCCGAGAUUGACGGGUGAAGGUGAAGGUGAAGUGACGAUGGCUGACGCGUUUUAA